AUGGACAACCCAUUACUUAUAAUUGAAGAAAAUGACACGGAAACGAAAGAGACGAAGAAUAAUCCAAGUGCUAAGCUUAAACUUGCAAUGGCUAAUAGAAAGCUCAAAGAGCAGUUUUUCCGUGAUAACGAAAUUAAUAAAACCACUGAAAUCAUGAAUGAAGAGUUUGAAAAUGAGAUCGAUGAUUCCAUAAUGAAAAUGGAACAUUGUGUUGAUUCGUAUAAUACUGACAGUGAGGAUGAAACAUCCACUCCAUCAAAUGGAAAUUGCAAUAGUGAUGAUAAUGAUGAAUAUGUGGUUGCGUCAUCUGGAGAUGAAACAAAUCUUCAAGCAUAUGGGCAACAAUUACCAUCAAUUAUGAUUCCAUUUUAUGAACGACGAAGAUUGUCAGAAUGCAAAGAGGAAUCUGAGUCAGAUGAAGAAAUAGAUCUAGAAAAGCAAACAAGGCCUACUAUAAUCAUAACAGCAGCAAAUGGAACAAUUCUUAAACCUGAUAUAUCGGAAAUAAGUGGACCAGUAAAUCGUUUUGUUGUUACAAAGACCAAUGAAGACGAUGUUUUUAAGCAAGACAGUAAAGAUAACAAUUCCACAGCUAUCAAACAACCUGUUUCGAUUCUUAAAAAAACACCAUCACCUCCUUCAACACAGAAAUCUUUAACAAAUCAAUUACCGAAAAAAAUCCGAUAUGAAGCAAACGGAUUGAAAGAGAUUUCGGCUGAGAUGAACUCACAGACAAUACAUUUUCCAUGUCCAUCAGGUCCAAGAACGAACAUUAAUAGCUUCUUUUCACCACAAGGCAUUUUAAAUCCACAUUUAGAUCAUAGAUAUUUCGAUACAUCUCUUGUAGAAAUUCGUACAUCUCAAAAUCAACUCACAACAAGCACAAAGUCAUUAGAUGGUUCAAAUAUUCGCCCAUUAAGUGAUAUUUGGAUUCGGAGACCUGAAUUGAAUGAACAAAAUUCAGGAAAUGAUAAGAUUAUGGACUGUAGUAGUGAUAGUAUUGGGGGAAGUAAUCAUAAAAUAGAUGAUACAGAUGGUGCUUCAACUUCAACGGCGCGUCCUCAAAGUGCGCCGACUACGCAACAGUACAAAAAAUCAAAAAAAUAUGAAAAAGAGGCUAGACAGAAGGAGAAGGAACGUCAAAAAGAUGCACUUAAAGUGAAAAAGGAGGCUGAAAAACGUGAGAAGGAAGCAGCAAAAUUAGAAAAAUUAUCUAAGAGUAAUGAGCGACUUGGCGGUCGAUCAGGAUCAUUAGAAAGACGAAAGAGUGGUGAAGAAUCCGUAACAAAUCAAUUUACUGUUCAUGGGAUUGCGUCACCAAACAAGAGACCAACUCUUUUCGACGUAUUUCGUCGGAAGGGCUCCGACGGAAAGAAAGAGAAAGAAACAAAGUCUACUGGAUCAGAUAAAGAUAGCGUUAGCUCUGGAAGUGGUGGUGGUAUUAUGAAUAGUAUGAAAGCUGCAAUCUAUAACGGAAAAGCGGCAGAAGCUCCAGAGGGGAAACCUAAGAAAGUGGUAAAGGAUGGCAGCGCUCAUCCGCAUGUAGGAAGUGGAAGCGAUGCAAGGUACUAUCACACAGUUACCGCUGUAAGACGAGCUGAUCAGUCACGAUCUCCAAUGCUAAAAGUCAUGGACUUGUUUAGACACCGUUCCAAUUCCGCUGUAUCAGAGGCUGAUAAACGUAAAGCUAGAGCUGCACAGCAACACCAACAACAAUUGGCAGCCCAAAGCGCUCAUAUGAGACGAGCAUCUGCUGAGUUAGCCGAAAGGAGAAGAGCUUCGUUCGGUAGCAAAAUGGGAAUAAGAAGCGACGGAACACUAGAUCCGCAUCAUGCUGCUAUUUUAUUCAGAGAUUCACGUGGGCUACCUGUUGCCGAUCCAUUUUUAGAGAAAGUCAAUUUAACUGAUUUAGAAGAAGACGAAUCACAGAUUUUUGUUAAAUUUUUCCGCUUCCACAAAUGCUAUGAUUUAAUACCGACAUCAGCCAAACUAGUUGUUUUCGAUACUCAACUAUUAGUCAAGAAGGCAUUUUAUGCUUUAGUUUAUAAUGGUGUGAGAGCGGCACCAUUGUGGGACUCUGAACAGCAAAAGUUUGUUGGAAUGUUAACUAUCACAGAUUUCAUUAAGAUUCUAAAAAUGUACUAUACUUCACCAAACUGCUCAAUGGAUCAACUUGAGGAGCAUAAGUUAGCUACAUGGCGAAAUGUUCUCAAGGAUCAUGUGAAUUUAAUAAGUAUUAGUCCAGAUGCAUCAUUAUACGAUGCUAUAAAAACUUUAAUUCAUAAUCGAAUUCAUCGAUUGCCCGUUAUUGAUCCAUUGACCGGGAAUGUCCUGUACAUUUUAACACAUAAACGAAUUCUUCGAUUCCUGUUCCUUUAUAUUAAUGAACUUCCAAAACCAUCUUACAUGCAAAGGACGUUACGAGAUUUGAAAAUUGGCUCGUAUGAUAACAUUGAGACAGCGACAGAAGACACUAGCAUUGUAACAGCACUUCACAAAUUUGUAGAGAGGCGAGUGUCGGCAUUGCCAAUCAUCGAUACCGAGGGUCAUUUAGUCGAUAUUUAUGCUAAAUUUGAUGUGAUUAACCUUGCAGCCGAAAAGACUUAUAAUGAUUUAGGUGUGAGUCUUAAGAAGGCAAACGAACACCGAAAUGCAUGGUUUGAAGGCGUCCAAAAGUGUAAUUUGGAUGAAACACUUUUUACUGUGAUGGAGCGAAUUGUUCGUGCCGAAGUCCAUAGGCUUGUUGUCGUUAAUGAAUUGGAGAAAGUCAUUGGAAUUAUUUCACUAUCAGACAUUCUACUAUAUCUUGUAUUGAGACCAAGCGGUGAUGGCUUAGGUGAUUCAGAAUCACUAAGAGCAACAGAUCCAAUCCUUCAGUGUCGUGAACGUGCUGAUAGUUUGAAUGCACAAGGAAUAAUAUAUAAUAGAAGUAACGAAAGUAUUGAGGAAGAAACAAAUCAUGAGCUGGAAGCUGAAAAUAAUGCCGAUAAACAAAGUUCUGAUGAUGGAAAUGAUACAAAUAACAAUAGUAGUAGUAAUAAUAAAAUUGAGGAUGCAGAAGUAGCAGAAGAAGCAUUACCAUCAUCAGAUGAAAAGACUGAAGAGGAUGAUAAUGAGAACAACAAUAUAAAAUCGCAGCCAGAGUCGCCAGUUAAAGACGAAGUGAUAUGUAUUGAGGAGGAUGAUGAAGAAGUUGUUGGCUUAUCACAAAUAAACAAUAACGGCAGCAAUAACUUAAAUAAUACUUUAAAUAUUCAACGUGAAGUAGCGAUGGUAAGCGAGUGA